AUGCGAACUGGUCCCAGUAAGUUGUUAUUUCAAGAAGAUGAAGGAACUUCGUCGAGUGAUGUUGAUGAUCAUGAACAGAAUAUUAAGGAGACAAUAUUGAGGAAGGCAGUGAACUUUCGUUGUUUUUCUGAAACCGAGGAAGUUGAAAGAGAUGAUUUAUUUGUUUUGGAUACUGAUGGUACUAGUAAUAUCAACAUGAACAUUGUCAAGAAACCAUUUUUUGCAACAAGAUGCGAUGCAAAGAAGAAUAAAGCACCGUUUUCUGAUUCAGUUUUGGAUGAGACAACAAAAGAGCUGUUAUCAAAAAGCAUAAUAAAACCUGGCUUUGAAAAAUAUCUCGGUGAAGGACAUGUACCAAUAUCUUGGCGGGCAUUAAAGAGACAAAGAAAAAUGGACCGAGAACGUACAAAGGGUGAUGCAUGGUAUAAUCUACCAGCAAGUGAAAUGACCGAGGAAAGGGAACGUGAUCUAGAAAUUAUUCAAAUGAGAAGUUCUCUAAAUUCGAAAGCUCAUUACAGGAAGAAUGAUCGUUCCGUGUUACAAAAAUAUUUCCAGGUUGGUACUGUUGUUGAGACAAAAGCAGAUUUUUAUUCAUCUCGUAUACCAAAGAAGCAGCGUAAGAGGACACUUGUUGAAGAACUUCUGGCGGAUACAGAUUUGCAAACUAAGCAGCGCCAAAAAUAUCAAGAAAUAAAGGCACGAGAAGCGAUAACAAAGCGUGGAGCUUUUCGGCACUCAUCAUAUCCAAAGAAAAGGAAAUUCAGGCAAAGCGUCAGAGUUUAG